ACAUCAAAUGCUUUUGCUGAUAAUACAGAAUAUUAAAUAUUUGAAAUGAAAGGCACCAAGACCCAUAGACAUAUAACCCCUCAAGCAUUUGAAUAAUGCUGUCAGUGCUAUGCCAUUGACACAGCUUCUCCUUGUUUGAAACAGGUUAAACACACAGGCAGGAAAGUUUUCGUUCCAUGARACCACGUUCUGGACACAUCCAUGCCAAAGAAUGUCCCUGAUAAGCCCAUGUUCUGGAGGUUUUGUUGUUUUUGCGGUGUUUUAUACCAUUGGGACUUAAAUGACAUUUUACAUUUAGACUCCACGUAGACGCUAUAAAGCGGGCUAAAAUCUAGGCUACUUCGUUUUUGAUGUAUUUAAACUGGAGUUCUCAUUUUUUCUUUUUCCGGCUUAAGAGGGUGUGGUUUUCAGAAAGUAAUUUCAGUAUUUUGUGCCUCGGUAUUCUUCUCUCGAAACCAACAGGUUAUAGGCUUCUACUGUGAUAACCUAUUGAUACAAUUUCACCGGCAUGUGAAACAACAGAGAGAAAUCUAAACUUGACUAGAAACAGUUACAUGGUGACUCUUCUGAAAUGCAUGAGGGACAGUUCGCAGUCAAUCAGACGUCCAACCCAAAGUUUCCCGUAGCCAAGAUAAAUACCAUAUUUCUUCUCUCUGUCCUCUGCUGGUAACCACCGCCUACUUACUUGCCAUUGGACACCUCCUGUUCAUAUUGGACACGUAUUUGUUGCAUUCCAGUAUAUGAGUGGUUGACAAGGCUGACACCGGUCCGGGAGGCGUGACCGACCGAUGACUGUCGGAGGGGCACAGGGACUGAGACAGUCGGACGAUCAUCACAUCUUGAAGGUGAAAUAACCUGCCGACUGUCCUGCUGCGCUGCGUCUCCAGGAGCCGUCUGGUGUAGUCUAAUAAAGUAGGUCUACAGUAGCAGCCUUGAAGAGGAAGAAGAACCACAUGCAUUGUUGCCAGUCUCCUGAAGCUGUCCAGUCAUCAACAAUAACAGUCCAUCCGUCAAACCAUCCCUCAUGGCAACGAUCGUCAUGGAGCGGAUUGGGCGUCUGUUCAUCAACCUCCAGCAGGUAAGGGCGGUACCCCAGAUGCUGACAGAGGCCGCCCCCUCCAUGCCAGGCACGCUACGGGACACCGAAGUUCCCGGGUUCUUCAGAGAGCGCUACAUCCACGCCGGCUACCGACCGCUCCACCAGGGCUGGAGGUACUACUGCCUGUCGCUGUUCCAGCGUCACAAUGAGACCAUCAACGUGUGGACCCACCUGCUAGGGUCUUUCCUGGUCCUGGUCAAGUUCCUACAGCUAGCUGAGACGGUGGACUUCAUCGAUGACACCCACGCCUGGCCCCUCCUCAUUCUCCUGCUGUCCUCCCUGGCCUACAUGGCCUGCAGCACUGUAGCCCACCUCCUGGCUGCCAAAUCAGAGUUCUACCACUACUGCUUCUUCUUCCUGGAUUAUGUAGGAGUGGCUCAGUAUCAGUACGGAAGCGCCGUGGCUCACUUCUACUAUGCUGUGGAACCAAACUACCACCAGUGGGUCUCCCCAGUCUUCAUGCCCACUGCCACCUUCCUCUGCUGRUUGUCCUGCCUGGGCUGCUGCUAUGGGAAGUAUCGCAACUACAGCCUGCGGGUCUGGGUCCGGAAGGUGGGGCAGGUGAUUCCCUCGGCUAUGGCCUAUGCCUGGGAUACUAGUCCGGUGUUCCACCGCCUCCUCCGGUACCUCUGGACCACGUCGCACAGUGAUGACAUCGCUGCCCCGGCCAGUGGCAUAGUCGGCGACCCGGCUAUAUCCUUCCAUGGGAGCCAGGUAGCCUUCUUCCUGUCCAGUGCGUUCUUCUUCACCAACCCCUUCCCAGAGCGUUUGUUCCCAGGCCACUGUGACUUCCUGGGGCAGGGCCACCAGCUGUUCCACGUCUUCCUGGUUAUCUGUACUCUCUGUCAGAUCCAGGCCUCUCACCUGGACUACCUGGGCCGAAGGCCGCUCUACACACAGCUACACGGAGAGGGAGCAGCCACUGUCUAUCUGGUGCAGUAUGGAGCCACGCUGGUGGCCUGUGUCUGCAUAGCAGUCUUCAUUGCAAGGAAAGUAAAACGGUUGCUUAACUGCAGAGACAAGUCCAAAUGAACUGGGUAGGUCACUGUGUAGGAGACUUACAAUCACUUCCCAGUGGGAAAAACUGGUUGAAAUCGGUUGACGUUAUUACAGCCAAAAACGUUUGCCCAGUUUUGCCCGCUGGGUUGGUACCAAAGUUAUCAAUGUGGCCUUGUUCGACUCGACACACACUGCCUUCCUUAGCCUGCUCGAGUUUGUUUCUAUAAUAUUAUGUUUCUCUACAGCACCUGUGUCCUUGACGAUAGCAGUAUGUCUAAUCAUGUCUCAAUGCUUCUGUUACACUUGUGCUAGUUUUGUUCCAUGAUGGUUUCUUUUUUUUUUUACAACAAUGUAUGUCUAACUACUGCCAAGAAACAUUGUGAUAUGAGUCCUUGUCAGCACUCAAAAAAUGAAAUGAAUUUAUCUUAAAGGGAUAGUUUAUUCACUUUCAAAGUAGUAUUAUGUUGUUGGAAAAGGAAGCAUACUGUGUAGUGGGUGUGAUUCUGAAUAUCAACAAUACUGUUAACUAUUCUUUUUAUAGGAGCUCCACAUUUUAAUGCCGAUCAAUCUAUCCACAUUUAGAGUACUUUUAUAGGCAGACAAAUUGACUUACCCACAUUGCACUUUUUCACCUAUGAGAGUAUAAACUGGGUAUUUCUCAUGUGGGGUCACAAACCAAGGCUGUACUGGACCAACUGCUGAGAAAGUGUAUUAAUUAAUCUGUCAAUGUAAACCUUAUGUCUAAUCUGACAUACUUUUCUUGCCACUGUACAUGUAUGUGAACCCAUUGGAAUUACCUGGAUUUCAAUUUGAUCUUCACCUAAGUCAC